AUGCAAGAAGGUUAUAACACUUGCAUACUUUGUAAUACUCACAUACAUUAUUAAGCGCAACAUACCAAUUUUGCAAGAAAAAAAAAAUAAAAAAUGGAAGCUCGUUAUUUUCUUGUUUACCUUACUUUCUUAGCCAUGUCUUCCUGCAUGGCCUACGCGACUGAUCCUACUCAGCUACAAGAUUUUUGUGUUGCAGUGAAUGACCCAAAUAAUCAGUUGUUUGUGAAUGGAUUGCUUUGUAAGAAUCCAAUGGAUGCUAAACCCGAGGAUUUCUUUAAGGAUGGGCUAGACAAGCCAGGGGACACUAACAAUAGGGUACAAUCCGCUGUUACACUAGUCUCUGCAUUACAACUUCCAGGGCUCAACACCCUCGGCAUCUCAUUGGCUAGGAUUGACUAUGCGCCUUACGGCCUUAACCCUCCUCACACACAUCCUCGUGCAAGUGAAAUCCUUACAGUCAUUGAAGGAACCCUCUAUGUAGGCUUUGUAACUUCCAACCUUGCUAACGGCGAUAAUAAGUUGUUUACAAAGGUGCUUAACAAAGGUGAUGUGUUUGUUUUUCCACAAGGCCUCAUUCAUUUUCAAUUCAAUAUUGGAAAAUAUCCUGCCAUUGCUAUUGCUGGACUAAGCAGCCAAAACCCUGGUACGGUCACCAUUGCUAACGCCGUUUUCGGGGCUGAUCCACCUAUCAAUGUUGAUGUACUAAGCAAGGCCUUCCAGCUAGAUGAACACAUAGUGAAGAUGCUCCAAUCAAAAUUUUAAAUUAGCCUUUAAUUGAUUAAGCCACGAUUUUGAAGUAUUAUUUCAUACAAUAAACAACCUAGUGAUCGUUAUGGUUGUCUUGUUCUAAAUACACAUCCUACUAUAUAUAUGAGUGCGUGCUAAUACAUACACACGUUUUACUUGUUAGUUGUUACUUGUUAUAUCGUUUUUGAAUUGUUAUGGAACAAUGAUCAAUGAUAUAUACUUUAUGAUGGACUUUGAAUAA